AUGGAAGGCGAACGACUUCUUGAAAAGCUAUGGCGCGAGCCUACAGAAGAAAAUCUCCAUUGCUUGCAGUGCCAGAAGUCGUUCAAAGGGAGUCCUCUUAUUCGUACAUUUCGCAUUGAGCAGGCAGGCUCGCGUCGCCCAGGUUCAAGCGCCGUCGUUUCUACGCCCCGAGGCGAUAUUAUCCUCUUCGACCGACACAUGGACUGUGUAGUCAGCUUAAAGAUUCUCUUCUCAGCAGUCUCCCAUGUCUGGGAUCCCAACAUCUCAAAAGCACAGCAACAACAAAAAACAGUGCCAGAGACGCCAGAAGCAGCCCGCCGUGUUCUAGACAUCUCGGCUAGGAUUUACAAUGGAAUCGAAAGACUGGGGUAUGACGCCAGGGAGCUUUGGCUGGACUACAUCAGCGUGCCCCAAUGGUCCGACGCUUUGAGGAGUAAUAUCCUCCCCACCAUGGAUAAGCUCUUUAGCACAGCUGAGACAACAAUCCUGUACUUUGAUGAUGUAACUCCGAAUGUGAUAAAUGAGCUCUACAAAGACGAGCGGACUCCAGAACGCCUCAGCUCAGUCAUAUCAGUCUGCAACUCCAAGUACUUCAAGCGCGUCUGGACCGCCAUGGAAUUCAUCAGAAGCGAGCGUGUCAGAAUGAUGAUCAGCAACUAUACUUACUUUCCCGACCUCGACGACCCUGCAUUCCUUGGCCAGAUCUUCAAGGCCUGGAAAGAUGAGGUUCGACAACAUGAAAAGGUGCACGAUCUCGAAAGAAAGGUCCAGAUGGGCAAGAAUCAAGUCCCAUGGAGUCUCGGUACACUCAGGCAGGCAAAGUUACUGAAGAGGAUGAACUUUGCCAUGGCAAAUGCUCUGCUCUGCAAGAGAGGAUGUAGAGACCGAAUGGACUUCCUACAUGCAUUGAGAGGAAUAGUUCGUGCAAGAUCCUUCAAAUCAAACAAUUCUGAUUUUAAGACGGAGUACUAUCGAAUUGCGUGGGAAUGUCUCAAAGUGGGAGACUACUCUCCGCUGUUGAUAACCCCUUUUAUGGGAGCUAUCGAAAGACGAGGUCCUGGCCACUGGUCUGAAUUUGGCUACUGUGAUGUUUUCACUUGGCAGUUGGGACAGGAAGUGAGUCCACCAAUAUUGGGCAAAUACACAACUUUGAACGAUUCGGAGCAACGUGUUACUCUUCAUGUGAAAGACAUUGGAACAGUUUCCAUAAUCGGCAGACCAGAGCGGGGGUCGAUGAUACAGGCCUUCUCGUCUGCUGCGAAGCUCGCUUUGGAGAUUGAUGGACCAGAUGUCAAAGAUUUUAUUGCAGCUCUGGGGAGAACCCAUACCGGGAGUGCAUCAACCACCAUGGAAAUCCUGCAGGGGAAGAACGAAGUGGAUCGUCUACAGAGAGUUCUGAACAAGCUCUACAACAGCCCAGAAGUUUCCACCUGGCCAUUGGAUGGCAAAGACAACAUCAAAUGGCUCGCAGACGUGCUAUCAUUCUCCAAACUCAGGCCUGGCGAUGAUCAAACUGUGCUGGGAGACAAUGCAGCCAGAUACGGGACCAUCCACUGCAGACCGUAUGAUUACACCGAAGACAGAGGUGGUAACCGUGAGGAUGCCAGAGUUUUUCUUGCCUAG